GGUAUCAUGGAGGAUCAGUAGGCAAACUGUGGCCGUCAGAGAAGAGCAGCCCCCGCUCUGAUCCCCGGGACUUUAUCAAGUGUUUACCGACGCUUUUAAUCACCUCUUACGGCAGACUUCAACAUGGACAUGAAGAAGAGGAUCACUCUAGAGCUGCGGAGCAGGAACCCGGCGGAGAUAGCAGAGCUGGUGGUGGACAACAGUCGCUCUGCAGACGGGGAGGUCGAAGGUCUGACGGACGAGUUCACGGAGCUGGAGUUCCUCAGUAUGGUCAACGUGGGUCUGAGCUCGCUGGCUAAGCUGCCCUCACUGCCCAAACUACGCAAGCUGGAGCUCAGCGACAACAACCUGUCCGGUUCUCUGGAGACUCUGUCAGAGAAAUGUCCCAACCUGACCUACCUCAACCUGAGCGGGAACAAGAUCAAAGAGCUGAGCAACGUGGAGGCGCUGCAAAACCUGAAGAGCCUCCAGAGUCUGGACCUGUUCAACUGUGAGAUCACGUCUCUGGAGGACUACAGAGAGAGUGUGUUCGAGCUGCUGCCUCAGGUCACCUACCUGGACGGCUUUGACCAGGAGGACAACGAGGCUCCCGACUCUGAAGCCGAGGACGAUGAUGAGGACGGCGAGGACGGGGCGGGGCUGACCGGUGACUAUGAAGAGGAGGACGAUGAAGAGGAGGAUGAGGAUGGCUCAGAGGGAGGAGAGGUGGGGCUGGGCUUUCAGGUGAACCGGGGCGAUCAGGAGGAAGACGAGGAUGAGGAGGACUAUGCAGAGGAGGAGGAGGAGGAAGAGGAGCAGGCGGGAGUUCAGGGACAGAAGAGGAAGAGAGAAGUGGAUGAUGAAGGCGAGGAAGACGAGGACGACGACGAAGACGACUAGUCCUCCGGGCCGACCGUCGUCUGUGUGUCGUCCUGUCCUGUUUCUGUCCGUCUCAGUCCACCUCUGGACCCGACCUCCGUCAGACAACCACUGCAACUACAGCAAAUACAGCAACCGGCAACAACAACAGGGACAGCGAGAGCAGCGACAGGAACAGUGUGAUCUGAGAUAGUUCCUUUCAGUUUGCAAUAGAAUAUCAUCUUUUACUUUUUAGAUAAUAUAUAAGAAGAUUUUAUCAGAACUUUACCUGUUGGUUGUCACCUGAAACUCCACGUUUCCCUUUAAAACCUGGUUCAGGAUCAAAGCUUCUGUCUGUCUGGUAAGUCUGUCUUCUCUCCUCUUCCUGAACUCUGAUCCUGGUCUGAACAUCUGAAAGUCAGGUCCUGGUGUGGAUCGGCUCCUUGUUAGCAGAGCUUUGUGAGAACAGAAGACGCUGGACUGAAUUUCUGUUUUCCGUCUCCGUGGUUGGCUCCUCCUCUUCGUCCUCUCCUGCUUGUAUUCAUCUGUUGACGACCGUUUCGGGUCACAGUACAUGUCCAAAACGCUUCCAGAAAACUUUAGGGACUGGACUCUGUCCCCACUCAGCCGCUGGACCCAGGAGCUUCUCCAGUCCAGACUACAAGGUUUUCCCCGAUCUGUCUGUCCCAGAGACAAAAACACGAACACGCAGCUUCUUUUAACUGAUCUCGUUUCUGACUGAUUCCUCCGCUCAGGUGCUGCUGCACAUGUGCGUUACCACGGUUACCUGAUGAUUUUGUAUAAAUUGAGGCUAAAGUUCAGAUCAGGUCGCUUUAUGAACGGCAGGUGAUUGAACUGGAGUUUGUGUUUUUAAACUGACGUAGCAAACAAACCACCAGAGUCCACGCCGAACUGGACUGAGACCACCGGUAAAGGAGGGUCUCCGUUAUUUGGUCCACACCCAAAGAAAUUCAAAUAAAGAAUAAACGCAGCAGAGUUUGAUUUAACGAGACCUGACGGAUCGGCUGUGAACGCAGCCUGAGUCCCACCUGUGCAGAACCUGUCACACCUGCAGCUGAAAGCUGAACACAGUCGUGUGUGUUUGUAGUAGCUGUGGGUUUUCUCCGGGUGGAAUAAUCGUGUCGACCUGGCGACGUCAUGUUCAUGAAAACCUUGUAGUCUGCGCUGGUCUUCGUUUGCUUUCUGCGACCUGAAACUCUCGUCCCAAACCUCCACAGCUUAGCCUCAAAUCCACCAGAGUCUGCAGCCGUCCGGAGAUGAGACCUUUGUUUCUCGACCUGCGUUUCUGAGCCUUCAGCUGAACGCUUCGUUUUUCUUUGAGUUUCUGAGCUUCAAACCACCAUCCAGCCAAAUCCACCUUUUAAAGAUAGGCCGUGUCCUUCAGGAUCAGAGCCCAGUUCUUUCUUCAACCAUAUCAGUCUCUGGACUCUUCAGGACCUCAGUGUGUCCAACACCCAAUCAGGGACAUCACACGUGUCCGUCUCCACCUGCCACGCUGGGUGUUUGAGGAUCUUCGUUCUCCGUCUCGUUUGAGUCCGAUAAACUUUCCCUGAACUGGACGAAUAGUGCUCACAUUGCCUCUGCUGUCUCUGCCCGUCUCACAGUCCAACAUAUGCAGAACUGCUGUCGCUCAGGUCCACGUAGAUCGUAUUAAUAUUUCCAGUGUGUGUUUGAUUUAUUGUAGGGACUCUACAGGGAAGUUAGGGGGCGGGUGGGAGGAAUUAUUAGUUCUGUGUUUGUUUUCUGAAGUUAACAGCGACCUGUCUUUGUCCCCAGUCAGCAGCUGUCGAUGUUUUUAGGUUGAUGUAAAACCGAGCGGCUCAUGUUCAAACUGACCGUCCCCCCGUGAUGUUCAGACCACCGCCGCUGUGUCACACUUCAGGCUCCGCCUCCUAAAAAGGACUCACUCUUUGAACUAAACCUGACAGAAAUGUGCGGUGUGUUCAGGUGCUCUCAGACUACAGUGGCAAACUAAACAAACAUUUGAAGAAAAGUUCAGAGAACUGAUGUCUUGAAUGUUGUGUAGGUUCAGUCUGAUCCUUUGGUUGUAAACCCAGAUCAGGAUCAGGAUCAGGUUCAGGUUCAGGGUUCAGUUAAAACAGGAACCAUUCUGUUUGAGGUUUGUCACAGGAACCAGUCCUGACUCAGCGCAGCAGGUUCAUGUGUCGCUCUGAUGGUUCUCGGCUUCCUGUUUGGAGUCAUUCACUUCCUGAAUUCACUUACACCUGUUCGUCUGGUCAGCCUCUAACUCUACGCACUGGCAGAAGUCACCUGAACACACCGUUACAGCGGCAGGUGUGCAGUGGAUUAUGGGAUAUGGAGGACGAAAAGAUAUAAUAGCUGUGUCUUCCAGACUUUUUCCGUCUAGUUGAGCUGUUUGAAGGAGGCGGAGUCUGAAACAGGACACACCUGUUGCGUGUGUUUCAGGUGUCGCUGCUCUGCGUGGGAAUCUGCAGCCACGUGAGCAGCUGCUUUUUACUGUCUACUUUCUCCUGCUUUAUUAAACAGGAACAAACCUGACCAGGAUGGAAUUAAAUAACAGGACAAUCACACAGACAGAGUCCAGGAAACGUCCAAAACCUUUAGAAAAAAUCUUUUUUCCACUUCCUCAUUUUUCUCCUGGUGAGUCAGGUUUGUUCUUGACUCUGCACAGCUCUGACUUUUAUCUGAACUGCUGUAAACUUUAGCUCUUCUCUCGUUUACACUCUUAAAAUCAGCGUCACUUUAAAUACGUCCACGUCUGGUUUCAGACACAAACAGAAACUCGCUGACUCAGGCUUUGAGGCUGGAGAUGUUGGACUGAGGCAGCAGACAACUUUUAUCAUGUUUUAAGAUCUGAAAGUUUCCUGAAAUCAAUUAAUUGAAAAAAUAACUGGCAGAUUAAUUGUUAAUUGUUAGUCACGCGUUGGAGUUUUGGGUGGGAAGCCAGCAGGGGAUCAGGUCCAGGUCCCGACCCCGACCUCGUGGUCUGUUGUCAAAUUUAACAUGCACCAGGCAUAAGGAUGUGUUUGACGUGAUGUGUUGUUUUUAAGAGUGUAAAGGUCAAAGGUCACGUCUGUGAGGCCUGCUGAGGUUGGUUUUAACUGGUUUUUAAGGCAAUAUUGUAAAUAGACUCUCAGCUCAUUUUCAGGUUUGUUUUUAUUUUGUUAAUGACAAAUAAUUUUACAAAUGUUUUUGUUUUCUGCAGCGAGGUGAUAGUUGACCCACGCCUUUGACCUUUGACCCCAGCUCACUCCUGUCAGCUGUUAGUUUCCCUCCAUCUUCCCGUCUGUGGGGAAAAACUUUGAAUUUUUGUGUGAUGUAACCGAAACAAUACUGAGGGGUUUUCAAUAAAAAUAUUUAAAAGGAAAACAAGUUUUUUCAAAAU